AUGACCAAAGUCUCGUCGCCGCCACCAUCAGCACGACCAGACGGCCUGCUCUAUGUUGAAGUGAGGCUUGCCCAUCGAGACCAUGGCGUUCCAAAAGCUAUGCAGAUCAAAGAAGAGGUCGAAAAGUACCUCCGGCGACACUACACUGAAAUUCGGAUCGGCACAGUGGCGCUGGAUACCCCGCUCUCUUCGGUUAUUGCAGAGGUACAAAUCACAGGCCAGAGCAGGAGCAGGUUGUUCCCAGAUGACCAAUUUUACCUUGUCGCCGCGAAUGAGAUGGAGAUUCUAGUGUAUGCUCUCGCCUCGGAAAGAGACCCUGCGCUUCACGACUGGGACUCAGAGGAAGAGGACGAUACAGAAUCCAGAUACUUUACGAUUAGCUCACUGCCACAUGAAAGACUUGGCCGGCUAUGGUCGUCGCUCGUCUACGAAGAGCCUGUGGGCGAGAUCAUACUCCGCGCACUCGUCCGUUCGAUCAAAGAACAGCACGCACUGGCCCAGCGUUUCAUGGCGAGUUGCAACAAUACAAUCCUAUUCCACGGCCCUCCUGGCUCAGGAAAGACGAGUCUUGCUCAGGCCUUGGCACAACGACUCUCCAUCCGGCUCUCUGAACUAUAUCCACGUACAGAGCUUCUGGAAGUCGCAUCCGACGCUUUGCUGAGCAAGUUCUUCGGCGAGAGCAGCAAGUCGGUCGGAAAAUUGUUCAAGACCAUUGUAGAAAUGGCCGUCACGGAUAAGUCUCGCUUCCUCGUUGUUCUUUUUGAUGAGGUUGAGUCGAUUGCAGGCUGCCGUGAACAGGCUCUGAAGUCGAAUGAGGUGGCGGAUGCCCACCGUGCGGCGGUUCAGAUGCUCCGGGGCCUGGAUGCUAUUCGAAACUGCGCCAACGUCAUGUUCAUCUGCACCACCAAUUUCAUAGGUAACAUUGAUUCGGCAUUCCUUGAUCGCAUCUUUCUGCGCGAGUAUGUCGACAUUCCAGGGGUGAACAGCAUCUUCGAGAUACUCCGUGAUGAAUUAAAUGCUCUACUGCGGACUGGACGCAUGACGUUCACGAGAAUGGUAUAUGAUGAAGCGGAUGGCCAUGCUCCUGCUGAAAGUAUGACAAUGACAAACAGUCUGAAAUCGUCUGAUUGCAGCCAGGAAAAUAGGGGUGCCACUUAUUGUCUUCUGACCAUGCCGCCCAACAUCCCAGACGCGGCAUGGGCAGCAACACAUUGGGUUGGUUACAAACAUACCGUGACAUCACGGUUGCGCGUCAUGGCGCAACGAGCAAAAGGUAUAUCGGGAAGGCGACUGCGGGACCUUGUCGAACAAGCCCGUCUCAAGUACACCAUCGAUACCCCAUGCGACUUGACGGAGCUUUUGGACGCCAUAAAUCUCGUUAUUGAACAGGAAACAUCAGACCCAGAACGGCCAUUAGUGGUAACAGCCAACACUGGCGCGGAGGAAGAUUUCAUGGAGUAUGACUCGGGCAGCAUUGCGGCACUCCUUGCUCGGAUGGAUGGUGAUCAGGCUGUCGACACGGCAGCUGGGCCAGGAUAA